GAUAAAACCCCCACGGUUACGCACAGUUUCCGAUCGCGUUGCUUUCGUAAGAGGAAAAUAGCGUUGGAGUGCACCCACACGCACGCACCCUCAGACCCCUUCUUUGUGUGACCUAGCGGGGACGCAGGAAGUUUGGCGGAGCGGAACAUCAUUCAUUCGUUCCUCCAAUUGCCCUUUAUUCACAGCGCUUUCUUCGACUGUUGUGCAUUCUUGUUUCUUUGUUUCUGCUUGGUGUGACUCAUUAUAUAUGUAGGUAACUGCUUUGAAGUACGUUCGCUGUUCUUGUCUCUUUUUCUGCGUUUCCUUUAAAAAGAAAAACAAUUUGUACUGAAGCACAUUCCCGUGCGUCAUCUAGCAGCGUGGUGCUUGGCAACGAAUUGAGAAGAGGAGGAGGAGGUUCUCGAAUACCACCACCUCGCCACCGCCGUCUCUCAGAGCGCUGCUGCUGUUGCCUUUUGUUUUUGGAGGUGUCUUAUUUUUUUUUUUGAACAUUUCGGAGCUGCGGUCUCUCGGAGAUGGAGACUGCAUCGUCCGCCGCGGUCCACGGAGUCGAGGAUGUGCGAGCGGGCGACCGUGACGGCGAGGCACCGCUGCCGUCCUCCCCUCCCCUCUCCUCCUUCAACCUAUCGCACCACGCGUCUCAGACAUCAUCGCCCUCGCAUCUGGGGAGGCACAUGGAGUGCUGGAUCUGCUUCGACUCCAACAACACACCCGCCGACCCCAUUGUCACCCACCGCUGUCGCUGCCGGGGCUCUGUCGGCUUUGUGCAUCAGAGGUGCAUUGAUAAGUGGGUCAUCCAGAAGCACAACAACACCUGUCGCAGCUGCGGGGCUGUCUACCGCUUAGGACACAGCGACUACCCUCCUGGCGCGCAGCUGCCCCUCGAUUUCAAGGGGCGAACCGUGUUUCUAUUGAAAUUUCUCGUGCAGCCGCUCCUCAAGGAGAUCGUGGAGGCACUAGUGUGCGCCUUACUCCGCUUCCUGUGUGUCCCCAUGUUCUUAGGGGCCAUCUACAACUACCACCGCCUUACUGUGCUGCUGUGGAUCGUGACUGGGAGCGCCACGACGCCGGAAACGCACGCCUCAAGUGCUUCAGCGAGUCCUCUUGUGGCGUGGCUCUUCAACACAGACUCCGCCGACGUGAAGGUGAGCUACACCGUCUGUCUCGCUGCGUGGGCCGAAACGCUUCUCGUUGGCCUUGUUGUGUGCACCGCCACCACUGUCGUGUCUGUGACAUCCCGUCAAUGGCACAAGUAUUUUAAAAACGCACGUCGGAAGCACGAACGGGACGGGGCGGCGGCGAUGCCGCAGGAGGCUGAGGCACCGGUCGCGAUGGCAGCAGUCGACGGGCUUCGCCACGACACGGACAACAACCGGCAAGCGACAGCGGCGACGGUGGAUGGCGCAGCGGAUAGGUUGGAUGGUGCUGGGCCGGAAGCGGCACCCGCCGACGCAAGAGAAGAUGACGGCACCUCGUCUGGCGAAGAUGACGACUCCACCACCGACGGCAGUAGUAGCGGCGACAGCGACAGCGAUGACGACCACCCCGCCCCACGUCUGUCCUUUGUGGACGAGAUGUUCGACUUGGUGGACUGGGUCAAGUCCGGCGCCGGCGGUGGUGGGUUGCGGCGGCUUCUUCCCUCCUUGGCAGUGCAGCUGCGGUACGGCGUCGUCCUCACACUUCUUCUGCGCUGCCCGCUGGGCCGCGUCGUGAUCGCGGUGGCGUGUAUUGUGCUGGUCGUCGGAUGGCGCUACCGCUAUUCUCGCCACAUCCUAAGAAAGCCGAAGCUGCGCUUCCACGAGGUUGCGGAACGCGUGCCGCUCCUCUCGCGAGACGAGGUGCAAACUCUCUUUUACGUCUAUUUAGUCGACGCCUUCUUUUUCUAUUGUAUUCUGCCGGAACUGGGUGGGAUCACUUUGCACUACGCGUUGUCGCCUUACCUCGACAUCGGUAUGAAUGGCGGGCUUCUGAACUUCUUCUAUGGGCUGACGGUGUGGAAACUCGCCGUGUACUGGGGCAUUGGGGCGCUGCUGGUCAUGGGGCUCACAGCGGUGGAGCUGACAGUGGUGAGCGCGCUCUUCGCGAACGGUGUUGAGCUGUUCUUCGUGCGCAGCUUCGACGCGCGCUGGGAUACGGCGCUUGGCUACUGGCGCUGCGUCAUUACCCAAGUCUUCGACACGGACCCACCGCGUAUUGUGUACGGCUUUGUGCGGGUGGCGGUGGUGGAGUUGCUAGUGCUGCUCAUCUUUAUGCGCAUUCCGUUCUGGGGCAUGAGUGGCGUGCGGAAUCUUGUGUGGGGUGACGGCGUGAUGCUGGCGGCGUCACCUUUUCCUUCCUCCGACGUAUUCUUUCCCCCGCCGCCCACCAAGAUGGCCUUUGAUUUUGCGAUAAGUGACGGGUACGACAUGGAUGACGACCUCACCUUUGCGGAGUGGCGUCGCCUCGAGGCGCUGCAGCUGUUCGAUGAGAAGGUAUUCAUGCCGUUGGAGGCAGCGUAUAUAGAGAUGGGCGAGUUCGUGCCGGACUACGCCGCAGGCAUCCCCGAGAAGUUCCUCCUGCGAAGAGACCCUCGGGCGAAUGCCUCGGUCACGGUCCACACGCCGGAGAAGGUGUGGGCGCAGGUGUGGGGGAGCCUGCCCGACACCGCCGUCUUUACCUUCGACCUUCUCGACCCGAGCUCCGCAGCGCGUGUCGCUGAGUUUUCAGAGGGCUUUCGCGACACCCUCGCCCGAGUGCGCGCGCCACUUGAAUGGCUGCGGCUGGCGACGCGACGCGCCAGCGUGUGCGACACCCUCACCGCCCUAUCGGCCCCGGUGGACUUCUACAAGAACGACACGCACUCCGCGUCUGCUGUGGACAUCGAGGGCCUCUUGAAGCCGCCCCUCAUGUUUCCCCGGCACCCACAGCUUUCCUUAGCAAAAUUUUGGAAUUUUCACAUCUUUGGCUGGGAGGCAAGGCAUUUAAAGGUACCCCAUCGCUCAAGCCACGUUUCCAACGAUAUAAUUAAAAGGAUAGAGCACAGUGUGUACAAGGAUGAGCGGCAGCGGCCGUCGUUGCGGAUGCACACGGAGAACAUCGUCAACUGCUACGUCGCGUUCAUGCAAGUGACGCAGCCGUUUAUGCGCGUGGGCCGCUGGCACACCAAGGUGAUGGACUGGGGGGCGAUGCUGCUGGUGCGCAACAUCUUCUUUGACUACGGCGCUCUUCUCCUCUUGUACGUUUUGGCUUUCUUCACCGCUGUCUCGUGCUUUGUCUUCUUCCCGCUGCAGCGAGCACAGCUGCGGCUGCUGUUGCCUUUUGUGCGGUGGGUCGGUCGCCAUGUGGUGCACAUGGAGGACUACCUCUUCGACCAGGACCAAAUUCGCGCCGUGGAGGACUUCAUGCGAGCGGAGUUCGACGACGAGUUGGUGCUGCCGCCGAUGGUGGAGCCGAUGGGCUUCAACCGACGGGAGGAUUACCUCGAUGAGAGCCGCAUUCCCUCGUACGUGGUCCUCCGUCGGGUGGUGGUCUCAGUGCUCUUCUUCAUGGCUGCUUCGCUGAUGGUGUGGACGGUGCCGGUGCUGUGUGGUUCGCUUUUGCUAUCCUUCACCUCCAACGCCUUGCCCGUGCUGCUGGGCGCGACGCUUAUGAGCUUUUUUAUUUGGAGCCCUUCGCUGCUUGCCCGGUCCGCGGUGGUCGGCGCUGCCUUCUCCUUGACAAUUGUUGUUGCAGUGCCGCUGCUUUUCAUGAUGUACGUUGCCCCGACGCUGCAGACCUUAUGGAGGUUCCCGCCGUCUGUGGUGACGGAGACCUUUCAGCGUCACUACAACAUCCGUCAGAUGGUGGACCGCUAUAGCGAAAGCGAUGGCGGGUGGCGCAACAAAGACGGCGGCAGCAGGCGUAGCAGUCGGGAAGAGGACGGCGACAACGAGCGGGAGGUGGAGGCGGAGAACGACGAGUGGGAGAGCGUGAGUUCGAGUGAAGCGGCGUCGGAGGCCGAGAUGGAAGGACAAGGGCAGACGCAGAACGAGGAGGAGGAGGAGGAGGAGAAGCCGGAGAGGGCAGAGGAGGCAGAUGAAAACGGUAGGGCUGCCGCAGCUCCUCCGCAUUGA